GCACCGGGUCAUCAGACAUUGGAUCAUCUGGCUCGACAGCGGGGUAGAGACAUCAGGCUGGACAUCAGGCUGGGUAGAGACAUCAGGCUGGGUAGAGACAUCAGGCUGGGUAGAGACAUCAGGCUGGGUAGAGACAUCAGGCUGGGUAGAGACAUCAGGCUGGGUAGAGACAUCAGGCUGGGUAGAGACAUCAGGCUGGGUAGAGACAUCAGGCUGGGUAGAGACAUCAGGCUGAAUUGUGGGCACCGAGUCGCCAGGCUGCACCACGGAAGGCAGGUUCUCAGAUGGGAGGCUGACCGGUUUGGAUACUGGCAGGAUGGUAUUGGUUGGAAAGAACUUUCGCCUUUUCCUGGUUUUAGUUACCGG